AUGGAAACACAAAAUCUAACAGUGCUCAAUGAAUUCAUUCUCAUGGGAAUCACAGAUCGUCCUGAACUGCAGGCUCCAUUAUUUGGACUCUUCCUCAUCAUCUACAUAGUCUCAGUGGUGGGCAACCUCAGCAUGAUCAUCCUCACCACAGUGGACUCCAGACUACAAACACCCAUGUACUUCUUCCUCAGACACCUGGCUUUCACUGAUCUGGGUUAUUCAACAACUGUAGGACCCAAAAUGUUAGUAAAUUUUGUUGUGGACCAAAAUACAAUAUCCUACUAUUUUUGUGCUAUACAGCUAGCUUUCUUUCUUGUGUUUAUUGUUAGUGAACUUUUUAUUCUAACAGCAAUGUCCUACGACCGCUACGUGGCCAUCUGUAACCCUCUGCUCUAUCCAGUCAUCAUGUCACAAAGGGUGUGUCAGGUGCUGGUGGCAAUCCUCUAUCUCUACAGCACAUUUGUGUCUCUGAUAGUCACCAUAAAGAUUUUUAGUUUAUCCUUCUGCGACUACAAUGUUGUGAGCCAUUUCUACUGUGACAGCCUCCCCUUGUUAUCUUUGCUGUGCUCAGAUACACAUGAAACUGAAAUGAUUAUUCUGAUUUUAGCUGGUUUUGAUUUGAUUUCAUCACUUUUAAUAGUUCUUGUGUCUUACCUGCUGAUCCUGGUAGCCAUUGUAAGGAUGAACUCUGCUGAGGGAAGGCACAAGGCCUUUUCUACCUGUGGGUCCCACUUGACAGUGGCCACAGUGUUCUAUGGGACUCUGAUAUUUAUGUAUGUGCAACCUGAGUCCAGUCAUUCUUUUGACACUGAUAAAGUGGCAUCCAUAUUUUACACCCUUGUUAUCCCCAUGCUGAAUCCUUUGAUCUAUAGCUUGAGGAACAAAGACGUAAAGUAUGCGAGACAAAGGAUGUGGAAAAAAAUAUGUAAUAUUUUUUCUUAA